AUGAUAAAAGAUCGGUGUAACGUCGUGCCGCUUAUUCUAUCCAUCUUGCUGGAACGUAUCCCGAUGCUUGGAUCCUUCCCCAAUCCAACUCCCCGGUCAAGGGUCAUCAGAGCCGCAAUGCCGAUCCACACCCCUGGUUCGAACGUCUGACCUACAGCCUCAGAUAUCAAGUGCCAAACGGCCCAAACCAGCAAAGAAAACGAGAAGACCGUGGUCCCUUACCGCUAGUUUCAAUUGCUCAUAACUACAAUCAUUCUUGGGUUCAAAAACCUCGUAUCCAACAUUACUCUCAAGCCAAUUGCAUCAUU